UAAUUUAUGAAAACAGAAAAGAAGUAAUUUGAAGUUACGUUUAGAAGACACUGUACUGUGUACGAUUUGUUGAAUUCAUAAUGAUUUGUUAAAGCUGGGCCUGUGACAGAUUAAGAUUCAUGAGCUGUCAUUGAGACACAAUUAAUAAUGGAGUUUGCAGAAUUCAUAAAAGUACCUAUGGUAGACAAUGUCACUCUGUACAGGCCAUUCAAGGUUCCAGACAGUGGUACUCUUUGUAUCACAGGCCAUCAUAUGAUAUUUUCAACAAGACAAAAAGAAAAUCAGGAAGAACUUUGGCUCUUGCAUAGUGCAGUGGAUGCCGUUGAGAAAAGAACAGCACUGCAGCCCAAUGGCAGAUUUUCCAUUAUCCUGAAGUGUAAAGACUUUAAAUUGUUAUCACUAGAAUUUGAUAAUGCUGAUGUUAUGAACAAUGUGGCAACAUCCAUAGAGCAACUCUCUAACAUAGAUGAUGUCACUUUGAAGUAUCCAUUCUUCUAUCGAGCCAUGUUUGAACCACUAGAAGAUGGAUGGCAGGCAUUCCAACCAGAGAAUGAUUACCCGAGGUUUAAAGAGUGUGCUGAUGAGUGGAGAGUGACCAAUAUCAACAGAGAGUAUAAAAUCUGCCCCUCCUACUCUCAUUCCGUUAUUGUUCCAAAGUCCGUGGAUGAUGACACCAUUAUCAAAUCUUCACAGUUCCGUCAACAUGGCCGCUUUCCUGUUCUAAGCUACUAUCACAGACAAACAAAGGCUGUUAUGAUGAGGUGUAGCCAACCCUUGACAGGACCAAACAACAAACGCUGUAAAGAGGACGAAAAACUGCUGAAUGCUGUCCUAGGAAUAGGAAGAAAAGGCUACAUCAUUGACACAAGGUCUCAGGCAGUAGCCAGAGCUGCACAGACAAAAGGAGGAGGUUAUGAACCUGAUGCACACUACUCACACUGGAGGAGAAUUCACCAAAGUAUUGACAAAAGACAGACAUUCCAUGAGUCCUUGAUCAAACUAUUGGAAGCAUGUACUGAUGAUGGCUGUAGUAUGGAUAAAUGGUUGUCAAAGCUGGAGUCCAGUAGCUGGCUGUCUCAUGUCAAGGACAUCCUGACCUGUGCUUGUACAGUGGCACAGUGUAUGGAUUCAGAGGGAGCCAAUGUUCUUGUACAUGGAUCAGAAGGAUUUGACAGCACACUUCAGAUUACAUCUCUAGUCCAGAUAGUCCUUGAUCAUGACUGUAGAACUAUCAAUGGAUUUGAGGCUCUAGUGGAGAGGGAAUGGUUACAGGCAGGACAUCCCUUUAAUGACCGCUGUACCAAAUCAGCCUUUGCAGUUUCUAAGAACAGACAAGAAUCCCCUGUUUUCCUCCUUUUUCUAGACUGUGUCUGGCAGAUAUGGCAACAAUUCCCUUGUUCCUUUGAGUUUAAUGAGGACUUUUUAAUUGAAUUAUUUACUCAUGCCUAUUACUCGGACUUUGGAACAUUUCUGUGUAAUAAUGAGAAUGAAAGGAAGAAGUACAAGUUAUCAGAAAGAACAGUUUCAUUAUGGACAUAUUUAACAAGACCAGAAAUAUUAGAGCAGUACCUAAAUCCAAUGUAUGAUCCUAAUCCACAUGUGAUCUGGCCAUCAGUAGCACCACAGAGUCUUGGUCUGUGGACCAGUUUGUAUCAGAGGUCUUAUGUGAAUGACAAGAAACAAAGGGAAGCUUGGAAGGAAAUCAGUAAGAUCCAAUCUCAUGACAAAGAACUGAGAUCCAGAGUUGCUAAACUUAGAAGGCUAUUGGCAUCUCUUGAGAAGGAGGCGUUAUCAUCAGGGAUGAUCUUACCAACAGAGUUAGAUGAAGACUGCACACUGGAGGAGGCGUAAAGGAAGUGACAUGGACAUAAAAUGCAAUAAGACACGGGGGAAUCUAUCUGUGAAGGGAUAUGUGCAAUACAUAUAAGGACUGUGUAAUAACAGUAUAUGUAUAAUAACAGAAGGUUCUUAUGUUGAUAUAAUAGUGACCUGUUUAUCUUUUUUAGAUAAAUACAUGUUCAUUAUUGAUGCUUUAAAGACUUCUGUUUAUGUUUGGGAGUCAUACGACUGUACAUUACAUUCCAGAUGACUUUCAUAUGAAAAAUCUAUGUUUUGAUUCAGCAAAAUAAUGUGUUUAUUAUUUCAUUUUAACCUGCCUUUGCUGCAGUAGUGUUCAAUAUUGAUUAUUAAGCAUCAACACUGUAAAUAUCAGUGCUCUAUACAGCUUAUAUUUUUUCUUAUGGUUUUAAGUUCUACUGGUCAGAGACCAGAAGAGCUUAUACAAUAGUAAGGUGUCCGUCGUCUGGCCAUCUAGCUGUCUAAUUGUCUGUAAACAAAUUUUCAAAAUGACACUCCUCCUACAGUUUUGUUCCUAUUUCAAUAUAACUUGGUACACAGGUAGAUUACAUAAAGAUACAUUAUUAUAUACAUCAGUUUUUGAUUUCAACAAAAGGUGUUGCCAUGGUAACUAAAAAAAAUAUCAUUGAAAUCAUUUCAAAAUGCAACUCCUCCUACAGUUUUGGUUCUGAUUUCAAUGUAACUUGGCACACAUGUAGACCACACUAAGAUACAUAAUUCAAAAUUCUUUGUAUAGGUUUUUAAUUUUGAUGAACAAUGUUGCCAUGGUUACUCAAAAAAAUUCCUGUGAAAUAAUUUCAAAAUGCUACUCCUACAGUUUUGGUCUGAUUUCAAUUUAACUUGGCUCACAGUCAUGUAGACUACACUAAGAUGCAUAAAUCUAUAUAUUGUUUUUUUUUUUUUUAAAUUUUGAUGAACGGUGUUGUUUUGGUUACUCAAAAUAAAAAUUUCUAUGAAAUAAUUUGAAAACGCCACUUCUCCAGUUUUGGUUUGAUUUUAAUAUAACUUGGCACACAGUAGACAACAUUAAGAUACAUAAUUUUAUCACAUGUUUACUUGAUCCUUUUUACAGUGCACAUAGCUUAUAGGAUAUUGUUUUCAUAUCACAAUGGUUUUUGAGUGAAUUUGAUCAAGUCAAAUAUGUUGGAUUUACAAAUAUAAAACAGUGUAAAAUAUGAAAAAACUAUAUGUAAAAAGAAUCUCCCAUGGUUUGUGGUUAGAUAAAUGAUACUCUUCCUACAGUUUUGGUCUGAUUUCAAUAUAACUUGGCACGCAAGUAGACUACACUAAGAUGCAUAAUUCUGUGCAUUGGUUUUUGAUUUCAAUGAGCGGUGUUGCCAUGGUUAUUAUAAAAAUUUCUGUGAAAUACUUAAAAACACUAUUCCUCCUACAAUUUUGGUCUAAUUAAUAUUUAAAUAUCAAUUGGCACUCAUGUAGACUGCACUAAGAUGCAUUACUCAGUGCAUUUUUUUUUUAACAUUGGUGAAUGGUGUUGCUAUAGUUAUUGAAAAUAGAAAUUACUGUGAAAUACUUUCAAACUGCGUCUUCUACAGUUUUAUCCUGCUUUCGAUGUAACUUUGCGCACACAUAAACUACACUGAGAUACAUAAUUCUGUAUAUCAGUUUUUUAUUUUGAUGAAUGGUGUUGCCAUGUUACUACAUGUUAAAAUAGAAUUUUUAGUGAAAUUCUUUCAAAAGGCUUCUCCUCCAACAGUUUUAGUCAGAUUACAAUAAAUCUUGUCACAAAGAGACUAAACAAGGACUAUUAUUCUAUUUAUUACUGUUGUAUAGUUGCAAGUGCUAAUUUACGCUCCCUUGUUUUAAGUACAUACCAGUAGAGCUGCAGUCUCAUCAGAGACAUCUGGGUUUUUUUUUUUUAUUUACAUCAUUGCUCAUUUUUUGCAUGAAAGUGCACCUGUAUGAAUUUGUUUGUUAUACCUAACUUGUUAACAAUGGUUUAUACAAUCACCAGUUAUUUUGUUAAAAUAAAUACACUGUAGUAUGA